UGAUUUUUUAGAUGGUUGGGUGUUUUGCAUUUCUUGAAUGCAACAAAUUUAUUCCAGAAAAAUGGAAGCCUGGACGUAAAUGCAUUGCAGAUGAUAGUGAGCGCGAACCAUUGUUAUCUCAAGAGAAAAAAGAUGGGGACUCAAUCAAGCUCCAGAAGUUCACAUUUAAAGAGCUUGAAUCCAUCACUAACAACUUCAGUGAAGAGUGUAAAUUGGAUAAAGAUUGGUUCGGUUGUGUGUAUAGAGGUCGCUUGGGUAGCACUGGACAGGUGGUUGCAGUGAAACGACUUGCGAAAAAAUCCCAGCAUCAAGAAAACAUAGACUAUGUUAAGGAACUUCAGAGGUUUAGCCUCCUAAAUCAUCUCAACUUGAUAAAUUUGAUUGGUUACUGUGACAAAGGGGAUAACAAAUUCCUUGUUUACGAGUUGACGACGUUUGGAUCAUUGCAGGAACAUUUACAUGACCUUUCAUCCAAGAGGGAGCCACUGGACUGGAAUACAAGUAUGAAAAUAGCAGUUGGUGUAGCCAAAGGGUUAGAAUACUUGCACCAUAAAGCCAAACCAACGCAUUUCACGGGUAUCUGGAGUCAUCGAAUAUAUUUCUAGAUCAAGGCUAUCAUCCAAAGCUUGCACUUGGUGGUUACCAACAUAUUUUCAGAGGACGAAUUACGAUGGCUUUUCCAUCAUUUGUUUAUGGUGCUCCUGAGUUCGCACUCACUGGCCGACUCAACUCUAAAUCUGAUAUCUAUAGUUUUGGUGUUGUCUUACUUGAACUGAUCACAGGGAAAAAAGCAUUCGACAUUAUUCAUCGCUGCAAAGAGCAUACUCUAUUUCAGUGGGCUCGUGGACGACUACAGAACCCUAGGAAGCUCACAGAAAUGGUUGAUCCACUACUGCAAGGCCAUUAUCCAGAGCAAAGCAUUCGCAAUGUUUUUAUUCUUGCAGCUUGGUGUAUACAAGAAACACCUAGUAUGCGACCUCUAAUUAGUGACAUUGUAACCGAGCUUUCCCGUUUAGCUUCAAAAACAUAUAAACCAAUUCCAGUUCUUGUUCAACAAAUCGAAGCAGGUUCAUAUACUACAAAACAACCCCAGGCUUUCACAUUUGGAGAGCUUAAUGCUGCCACAGACAACUUUAAGAAUGAGUCAGUUUUGGGUGAAGGAGACUUUGGUCGUGUAUAUAAGGGUUACUUGAAAAGCAAAAGACAGGUAGUUGCAGUGAAGCAACUUCAUAAGAAAUUCAAGCUUCUAAGGAACAGAAAAUUUCUUAAUGAGGUUCGGAUACUCAGCCGCCUAAACCAUCAAAAUGUUAUUAAUUUGGCUGGUUUUUGCACGGAUGGAGAUCAACAACUCCUUGUUUAUGAGUUCAUGCAGCUGGGGUCAUUGAAGGAUCAUUUAUACGAUCUUCCACCUAGCAAGAGGCCUCUUGACUGGAAUACGAGGAUGAACAUUGCAGUUGGUGUUGCUAAAGCUUUAGAGUAUUUGCAUGAUAAAGUGAGACCUGCGGUUGUUCAUAUGGACUUGAAAUCAUCAAAUAUCCUGUUGGAUCAAGGCUUUCAUCCAAAAAUUGGUGUUGGUAGUGAUAAAACUCGUAUCUCUAAAGGAGGAGAACGGGUAGUAGUGAAUCCGCCAUCAUAUGUUUAUUGCGCUCCAGAGUAUUCCAAGACUGGCCAACUUACGUCCAAAUCAGAUGUCUAUAGUUUUGGUGUAGUCUUGCUUGAACUAAUCACUGGACGGAAAGCAGUCGAUAAAACUCUUCCGCUUCGGUAUCCUAAUCUUGUUGAAUGGGUACUACCGCAACUAUAUGACAGAAGGAACUUCUCAAUAAUGGUAGACCCACUAUUACAAGGUCAAUAUCCAAAGCACAAGCUGCAACAGGCUCUUUCUAUUGCAUCAAUGUGCUUACAAGGAGAAUCUACUAUGCGUCCUAAUAUGAGGGAUGUUGUCACUCUUCUUUCACUAGCCGCAUCAAAUGCAACUUGACUAUCUUCGCUAGUUAAGACUUAAGACGGAGAAAGCAAAGGAAAAACAACCUUUUUCGUUCCAUAAUUUCUGAUAAGUAUCAAGUUACACAAAUAACAUGUUCUUUAUGUACAUUUUGCUUACAUAGCUGCAGGCACCUGUGAUGCGCAAAAACACAAACAUAAAGACUUGCCCAGCCUGAUUAGGUACUAAUGACCACGUAAUCAAGAUUUUGACAUUUUUUACUUGGCACAUCUCUACCGGAGUUCUGACUGGCAAACUAAAUUUUGGCAACCAUGAAAUGCAAUGGGAAAAAAAACCUUGAAUACAAUUUACCUUGAAUAAAUCAUCCUGUAAUUCUACUGCUUCUACAUAAUCACCGCCCUCUAUGUUAGCAUGACACCUCUUACUUGCUUAUAACAUGAGCUGCAACGGCUGAACUUACUGAUCCCGACAAAAAAACAAAAGCAAACAUAGCAUCAACAGAAACAAGGUUUUUCUAUGGCCACUGAUAAUAGGAACACAUAGACAAGUAAAGAUAGCCAAUUAAUAAUUGCAUAGGAAGUAGUUGUUUACAAAAUGAAGCAAGAUGGUUUGGCAGGAUUUCCCAAGAUAGGCAGUGGACGAUCUACAAGAAAUAGUAGUUCAUCUACCUAGAAGUGUACUAAAUUCUUGCAACUCCUUAAAUGACUUAUCAAAGCUCUCCAUUGUGACUCUACCACCUGCUUCUUUGCUUCUGCAGCUUCAGCUUCCGCUGCAGAUUUGGCUGCCUCCAAUUCGGUAGCUCUCAAUCCUAG